UCCGUACGCACAGCACUAGUUCUUGCUCCGUUCGGGCUUCCAUACUUCGCCUCGUUCUGGCUCUCAGUCGGUCCUGCAGCGAAGAUGGCGGAAGCUCCCCCGCGGCCCUGCCGGUUCUUCUGUCACCGGUGCUCGGAAGAGAUCAGCCCUCGGCUCCCGGAUUACAUCUGUCCGCGGUGUGAGUCCGGCUUCAUCGAGGAGUUGCCAGGAGAGGGAAGUGCAGAGAAUGGGUCCACAUCUACAGCCUCUAAUGAUCAGAACCGGCCCUCGUUUGAGAAUGUGGACCAGCACUUGUUUACGUUCCCGCAUGGUUAUGGCCAGUUUGCUCUGGGGAUCUUCGAUGAGGGCUUCGACUUCAGGGCGGGUUUGUCAGCAGAAGAUAACCGUGAUGCAGAGAACCGCAGAGAGCGGGAGAUGGCCUCACGACAGCGCUACGGGGCCAGACAGCCACGGGGACGACACGUUCCCCGAAGACAAGGAGCGCGGCAUGAGGGUGUACCCACUUUAGAAGGAAUCAUUCAGCAGUUAGUUAAUGGAAUUAUUGCUCCGACGGCUAUGCCAAACAUGGCGAUGGGGCCAUGGGGAGUGCUGCACUCAAACCCAAUGGAUUACGCAUGGGGUGCCAAUGGAUUAGAUGCCAUCAUAACACAGUUAUUAAAUCAGUUUGAAAAUACGGGUCCCCCUCCGGCAGACAAAGAGAAGAUUAAGAAUCUCCCAACAGUCCAGAUAACACAGGAGCACGUUGGUGCUGGUCUAGAGUGUCCUGUCUGUAAAGAAGACUACAGCGCAGGAGAGAAUGUUAGACAGCUUCCUUGCAAUCACCUCUUUCAUAACGACUGUAUAGUUCCCUGGCUCGAGCAGCAUGACACGUGUCCGGUGUGCAGGAAGAGUUUGAGCGGGCAGAACACAGCCACAGAUCCGCCUGGCCUGUCAGGGAUGAAUUUCACCCCCUCUUCCUCCUCCUCUUCCUCCUCCAGCUCUCCAGGCAACGAGAAUUCCACCAAUAACUCGUAAGAGCUCAGCCCACAUCCUGAACACAUCAACACGUCGUCAUCAUCAUCAUCACCAUCUCAGCGCCGCGUCGCGCCGGCCUGGCCCACACCACACCACACCGUUUCCCCUCCACCGGUGAUGGAUCCACGACACGGUGGAACCAGGGCUGAACGCAAACCUCAGAACCUGCCCAUCACUACUAACACACCUCUACCAGCCCCUGAAGCGGGUCCAGACAGGUCAGAGAGCACGCCAAACCCCCAAGAGAAAAAUACACUCUUCUAUUGCUUCAGACAGCGUUUCGUUGCUUUUUUUACACCGUUGAACUUCAGAGGUUCUUCAACUGCAGAACUUCAGAAUGCCUCAAGGUUUGGGCGGCACCUGUCCUCGUGACGUGGUUUUAAUCAGCAGAAAGCGUGAGGAAAAGAGGAAGAGGAUGUUACGCAACGCAGUGCCUGAUCUGAAGACACACUGAGUCGAACUGCAUUUUAGAAGCAGACUUUGUGUCUCUCGAGAGGGACGCGUGAUCAAGUAGAACCUUUUUUUAUCAUUUGAUUUUUAUUUUAUGGAUAAAAGUGGCUGAUAUGUGAACGUGCGUAUGGGUGAAUCUCACAAAACCAGUCACAUUUCACCUCAAAAUCAGAAGAAAAAAAAGAAACUAUUAUGCUAAAGCCUAUUUUAGAACCACCAAUAACUUUACUUUUGAAUUUUUUUAUACGUUUUUGAAAAUUGUUAUUUUCAUGACAAU